AUGUCUGGGUUCGUAGGUGUUGUGGUUUCGGAUCCAUGGCUACAGAGCCAGUUCACUCAAGUCGAACUUCGAACUCUCAAUUCCAAGUUUGUAUCGUUGAAGAAUCAGAUUGGAAAGAUCACCACAGAAGAUCUCCCUCCGUUCAUGUCAAAGCUGAAGGCACUUAGUGCAUCAUUUAAGGACGAUGAGAUCAAAGAGAUGCUGAGAGAAUUGAGUUCUGAUAGAAGCAGUGACGUGAGUUUCGAAGAGUUUCUCAAGAUAUAUCUAAACUUACAAGGUAAAGCAGCUGAGAAACCUGGUGGUCACAAGAACUCGUCAUCAUCGUUUCUUAAGGCUAGCACAACGACGCUUCUUCACACUAUAAGCCAGUCGGAGAAGAGCUCUUUUGUUCAACACAUCAACAGAUAUCUUGGGGAUGACCCUUUUCUGAAGCAGUUCCUUCCUCUUGAUCCAAAUUCUAAUGACUUGUAUGAACUUGUGAAAGACGGUGUGCUUCUAUGUAAGCUCAUAAAUGUAGCAGUUCCAGGGACAAUAGAUGAACGAGCGAUCAACACGAAGAGGGUUCUUAAUCCGUGGGAGAGAACUGAGAAUCACACGCUUUGUCUCAACUCUGCCAAAGCUGUUGGAUGCACUGUUGUUAAUAUUGGGACACAAGACCUGGCUGAAGGAAGGCCUCAUCUGGUGCUUGGAUUGAUUUCACAACUCAUAAAGAUUCAACUUCUCGCUGAUCUCAAUUUAAAGAAGACGCCUCAGCUUGUUGAGUUGGUUGAGGACAGCGAUGAUGUUGAGGAGUUGCUUAGAUUACCCCCUGAGAAAGUCUUACUGAAAUGGAUGAACUUCCAUCUUAAGAAAGGUGGUUACAAGAAAACCGUUUCAAACUUUUCUUCAGACUUGAAGGAUGCACAAGCCUAUUCUUACCUUCUGAAUGUUCUUGCACCUGAACAUUGUGAUCCGGAUACACUAGAUGCAAAAGAUCCUCUUGAAAAGGCUGAAUUGGUUCUCAACCAUGCAGAGAGAAUGAACUGCAAGCGAUACUUGACUGCAGAAGAGAUAGUUGAAGGAUCUCCAACUUUGAAUCUCGCAUUUGUCGCACAAAUAUUCCAAGAAAGGAAUGGUCUAAGUACGGAUGGUAAGUAUUCAUUUGCAGAGAUGAUGACAGAAGAUGUAGAGACUUGUAGAGAUGAACGAUGCUACCGGCUAUGGAUCAACAGCCUCGGGAUUAGCAGUUAUGUCAAUAAUGUUUUUGAAGAUGUUAGAAAUGGGUGGAUUCUUCUGGAGGUUCUUGACAAGAUCUCUCCCGGGUCAGUGAACUGGAAGCAUGCAUCAAAGCCGCCGAUUAAGAUGCCGUUUAGAAAAGUAGAGAACUGCAAUCAAGUCGUCAAGAUUGGGAAAGAGCUGAAGUUCUCACUCGUUAAUGUAGCUGGAAAUGACAUAGUUCAAGGGAACAAGAAGCUCAUUCUUGGUCUCUUAUGGCAGUUGAUGAGAUUCCACAUGCUCCAACUUCUCAAGAGUCUCAGAUCGCGGACACGAGGCAAAGAAAUGACUGAUGCAGAUAUCCUCAGCUGGGCCAACCGGAAAGUAAGAGCUAUGGGGAGGAAAUCGCAGAUUGAGAGCUUCAAGGACAAGAGUCUAUCGAGCGGGUUGUUCUUCCUUGACCUUCUAUGGGCGGUGGAGCCAAGAGUUGUUAACUGGAAUCUUGUCACCAAGGGUGAAACAGAUGAGGAGAAGAGGUUGAAUGCUACGUACAUAGUCAGCGUCGCAAGAAAGCUCGGAUGUUCUGUUUUCUUGUUGCCUGAAGAUAUCAUGGAGGUGAAUCAGAAGAUGAUGCUAAUCUUAACGGCGAGUAUAAUGUACUGGAGUCUUCAGAAACACUCAUCGGAGAGUAGUUCGGAUUCGUCGUCAACUCAGAGCACAACCACGACGUGCACCAGCUCAGACGCGUCCUCUGCUCCGUCUGUCACCGGAGAGGACGAAGUUUCCUCAUUGAGUAGCGAAGUCUCGCGCUUGGCCGUUGAGGACAACGAUGCUGAUGCGGUUUCUGACAUCACCACUGUCUCAGAGGAGACACUCAACGUAUAG